GAGAUUUAUACAGUAAUAAAUAUUAUAGGGUCCAGAGUGGGCGAUGCCGCCGGCGUGAUGGCAGGGAAGGCUGUAAGACCCAAAUCUAGUAUACGAUUUGGAUCUCUCAUUUUUCAAUACCCACCUCAGCAGGUCUUCAAAGGGAACGAUGGCCAGAUUGAGCUAAUAUCUACCAUGGAAGAUGCUAUAUCUAAGUCGGUCAGACAGGAUCUGCCCAUCCGACAGUGGCGAGGCUACAACAACGGUGAACACAGGCCACGCCAGCGAGUGUCCAGACGGAGAGGCCUCGAGAAUGGAGGUGCUAACCCAUCUGGCUGGAGAUUGGCGGCGCCACUCAGAUCGAACGGUGAACGACGCCUUGAAGAGCACCGCACAUGGCGGUUGGCAGAUCGGGAAUGUCACACCUCAAAUAGACAGAAUAGGAACGAGGGACUUUGGCGAGGUUACACUGCAUAUGACAACCGCUGGAGAAGCUAUGGACGUCCAAAAUCCGGGCGAGUUAUGGCAGAUAAUUCUUAUGGCAGAUUUGAGCGGUUUUCUUCUGCAGGUCGACGAAGAUGGCUCUCACGCAGGUCUGUUUAUGAAGGAGCGGGUCUAUCUGGAUUGCACGGCACAGGUAAAAAAGCUCUGAUGAAAGAUGGAAGAGGUGUCCUACUCUAUCAGCAAGGCAUUUGGGAAUUACUGAGGAAGGGAAUCUGACCAAUUUGGACGCUCAACAUCUAUACCAGGGAUCUCUUAUAAUUGAGAGUAAACACUUUUCUUUCAACACAUCAGAUUCCUCCAUUUUUAUUAAAGAAAGUAAACAUGGUUUAUUUUCUACUAUCGAAUUGGAUCUGGACAGUGCAACUUGGUUGAGCAUAUUUCUGACUAAACUUCUGCCCGGUAAAUCUGAAUCCAAAAUUUCUCUUAACAGACAUAUUACUAUCACUUUUGAUAGUAAUCAUUUUGGGGGAUUCGUUAGGAUAUUUUCGGGAGAUGUUUCUUUGUUUAUACCGGAGGGUAAAAAUGGAGUUGGUAUUACUAGAUCUUACACAGGCGAUUACCAAACUCAGGAAAUUAGCUGCUAAACAGGUCCAAUUUACCACAGCGAAACAAUCACUCCUGGAGGUUGCACAGUCUUAUCGUGAGGAUUUAUCAAGUAAAAAAUCUUACUAUGAAGGGGACUUUACCACCUUAGACAUGGACAAAUCUUAUUAUCAUGAAUCAUCUAUCUCGGGAACUCUGUUACAAGUUGAUAUUAAUCAUACCACAUCCUAUGAGAAACCUCUGGCUUUGAAUACCAUGGAGGUUUAUAGCUCCGAGCUCGUACCAGGAGUUGAAUCUUCCUUAGCACACAUCAAAGAAUUUUUUCAGAUCACUAUGUCUCAAGGGGUAGACUCACUUUCUCAAUUUUUAAUCAAAGAAUUCGAAAGAAUUGUUGCUUCUUUUGAUAACCGAGACAAUCUGAAUAACAAACCUGCUAAUGAAGAAAAAGCUACCUACUGUGCACACCCAGAUGUCAGGGUUUCGAGGGACAUUUUCUCAGGUAACCAGUACACAGAUGCUUUUGAUUGUGAAGGUUUUUUGGGCGAGCAGUUUUGUACACACUCAGAAGAUGAUUUUUUUGGUCAUGCUUCAGAAAGUGAGAAGAGAACUCCUAUUUCAUCAACGGAGGAUCUAUGGGAUUCUGAUACAAAUGAGAAUAUAUGUAAUAAAGCUUUGUUGGUCACGAGAGAAAAUUGUCUACCUACAGAGAACUUGAAUACUCAAAUCAAGAUAUACAGAAAAAAGAAUCAGCGAUCGCAUCUUAUGAGGACUAGGUCUCAAACACGAAUGGAGUUUUGAUUUCAUGAAGAAGUAUUGGGGUUAUCUAAGCAGGGACCUUAUAUUGUACUUUGGGUUGGGCUAGUUUUUCUAACUUUCUUUCCUUUUCUUUCUUCUUUGUUCUUUGUUUGUUGUUUUUCUUUCUUUUUUCCCUUCUUGUAAUUUCUGAUUUCAUCAUUAAUAAAGCUCUCUAAUAAUAAUUUAAAUAUAUAUAUAUAUAUAUAUACAGUAAAACAGAAAAG